GCCCUUUAAAUUUACAGUGCUGUCGUCACAUUCACGCGCCACACACUGCUGCUUCAGGAAGCGGCUUGAGGAUAUGACACCUGCUUUAAGUUACUGACGAGCUUCGUAAACAUAUUUUUGGUGACAGUUAAUAAUUCAUUAUUUAUAUUAAAGUAAUCCUAUUUCUCGUUUAUAGAAUGUAUCGUUUUAUCUGUUCCAAGUGGUUUGUCUCCGGCGUGUCCUUGACAGUCGGUGUAGGUGUUGGUGCUUCUCUGAGAACGGUAGACACCGGAGAGAGCCAUGGGCUUCUCAGUCGGGUGCCCGUUAUUCCCAUACCGAACGUGGACGCAGCAACUGACAUUGUACCGCACCAAGGGGGCGGCGGUCAGAUGGGAGGCAACCGUUCAACAGCGGUUAUGAAGUACGGGUUCCCGUCUCUGGCCAACAUCAAGACCAGAGAGUCUUACGUUACGUCGUAUGACCCGAGGAACCGGACAGCUGCUUGGGUAAUAGAACACCUCACUCCUCAGACACUCACAGGAACUUCUGACAGGAGGUUCUGCGACUUUAAAGAGGACGAUUCGGUGCAUAUGUACCACCGAUCAACUAACGCGGAUUACAAAGGCAGCGGGUUCGACCGUGGUCACCUGGCCGCGGCAGGAAACCACAAAUGGAACCAGAAGGCAAUGGACGACACGUUCUAUCUUAGCAACGUCUCGCCUCAGCACCCUCAAAUGAACCAGAAAGGAUGGAACAAGCUGGAGCAGUACUCGCGCUCUCUCACCAAGCAGUACCUCAACGUGUUUGUGUGCACCGGACCCCUCUACCUGCCCAGGCAGGAGGCGGACGGCAAGUUGUACGUGCACUACCAGGUGAUUGGCCAUAACCACGUGGCCGUCCCCACCCACUUCUUCAAGGUGCUGAUCCUGGAGAAGCCUCGCGGCGAGGUGGAGCUCCGACCCUACGUGAUGCCCAACGUUCCCGUGGACGAGAACGUCCCGCUGGAACGCUUCCUGGUCCCCAUGGAGAGCAUCGAGAGGGCCUCCGGCCUGCUGUUUGUCCCCAACAUCAUGAAGAGAACCAGCAGCCUCCAGGCCGUCACUGCAGGCCCGGGGAAGUGACCUUGUACAGUCCACUUGUAGUCCAGUUGGCGUGUCAUAACCAGGAAACGUCUUCUGUUUCCUGGUCAGAGGUUGGACUAGUGAGACAAUAAUGGGGAAGGGAGGAAAGGUUAGAGGGGGGUGUUCUGGAACAGCCUGCGCAACAGGAAGUCGUGUGGUUGGCUGUUGUGUGGAGGUCAGAGGUCACCUGGCCAGACAGAGACCUGAAGAUAUUCAGGGGCUAAACGUUGACUAUGAAAAAUCACUGUGACUUCACUUGUCAAAAACACUGUUAACAACAAUCACUGUUAUCAUUGUUUACUGUGUUGCUGCCCAUCCAGAUGGGGUACCACAAUGUUGUCAUGGAUGUUGUCAUGGAAAUGAUAAAUACAUUUAACGUGUGUCGUCGUGUCACUUUAUCUGACUGUGGGUAACAUUCCUCAGUUCUUUCCUACGUCAGGGUAUUCCUGUGGUCAGCGUAUUUGUCCAGGGGUGUGUGAAUAUAUGUAUGUGUGUGUGUGUGUGUGUGUUUCUGUAUCCAUCCAUGAGGAAGAGACUGAAGCGUCUUUGUCAGUUGAGCUGGAAUGUAGCAGAGAAUCACGAGGACGAAGUUAGAGGUAAUCAGUGGGGAUGUUGUUCAGGAUUUGUGUUUGUGGAAAGCAAAGCUGGCACUUCGGUAGAGGGGACAGCAGGCACGACAACACAACAGCUCGGUGGAAUUACACGUUGACGUAUGUUUGGUUUUAUCUGUUUAGUUUAACUGUAUUGUUGAGGCGUUCCCACAGAGGACACUAGACACGACUGUACGAUAAGACGUCUUGGUCAAAGCUGUGUGGUGCACCGUCUUAAAGUCACAGCGGAAAAACCUCUGGAGACAUGGUAUGUUUGGUCAUUCUCUUAAUCUAGCUGGAUUUAGCUUGAUAACUUUCAGUGGAAGUUUAUUUAUUUGAUUAAAUGUAUUUACGAAAUUAGGUUUGUAGUUAAGUAAGGAGAAAGACAGGAUCCAUACCACUGAACACAUUAAAAUUAAGACUACAUUUGUCCUAUCUUGUCAGAACAACAAAGUAAUAGAAAUAUAAAAAAGCGAGGAACUAUUCAGAGUUGAGUAUACAUGACUGUUCUACUGUGUUUAUCAGUCCCUCUGUUGUCGUCUGACCUGCAGGUGAUGGGUGAUGCGUAUGCAGAGGGUCUGGGCUCACGGUUCUGGUUAUAGACGGCACAGAACAGGCCUGGACUCGCUAUCACGCCAGAACCAGUGUCUCCAGGCUCUGGACUGGUGCUGACCGUUGAGAAAAGGGAGAUUUCUCACUCUUCCACCUGUUCAGAUAAAAGUGGCGAGUCGAGACAAGAAACUAAAGAAGUAGAAUAGAAUUGUUUAACUGUUUUUCCCCCCCUGGAUCAACAGUUUUUGGUUUAAUCCUUGUACUUCCUUACUAUGACCCAGCAUCCAGACAUGGAUUAUAGAGCUGGUCCCUGACGGUUUUAGUUAUACUAAGGUCCUCCUGCAUGGUUUGCUCCUAUUCUGAAAUUGUGUGUGUGUGUGUGACAACCAUGGGGUGUGUGAUGUGUACCCCUCUGGACGACUUGUGUAACAUAUCGCUACGGCGACGAAGGAGGCGUCCGGUGGAGCUGCGGGAGUUUCCUCAGGCAGCGUACGAGGGUUACCAGCGCUACAGCAAGCUGGCCCACCUGACCCUCACCAGAGACCCUCUGCAGGGCCACAACUGGUACGGCGCCAGGUACUGACCUCACCUGGUCCAGCUGCACUGAUCUCACCUGGUCCAGCUGCACUGAGCUCACCUGGUCCAGCUGCACUGAUCUCACCUGGUCCAGCUGUACUGACCUCACCUGGUCCAGCUGCACUGAGCUCACCUGGUCCAGCUGUACUGACCUCACCUGGUCCAGCUGCACUGAGCUCACCUGGUCCAGCUGCACUUGCUCUACAGCAACACAGGGGGAAGAAGUUUUUUUUCUUCACAAUCCACUAAAAUCCCUUGUGUUUCCUUUAAUAUUU